AUGUUCAAUUUAUCAGAUAAAGUUGCAAUUGUGACGGGAGGAGCAAAUGGUAUUGGAGCUGAGAUUGUAAAGGAAUUCCUCAAUGAAGGUGUCAAGUAUGUGGCUAUUUUGGACAUAAACGAUGAAGCAGGAAAAGGACUGGAAAAAGAACUGGCUAUAAAAUAUGGUGAAGGAAAAGUUAAAUUUUUUAAUUGUGAUGUAACUAAAGAUGAACAACUGUUUGGAAUUUUUGAUGAAGUCAUGAAAGAAUUUGGAGGUAUAGACGUGGUUGUUAAUAAUGCUGGAAUUGCUCGUGAUACUUUAGAACUUUACAAGAAGGAAAUUGAAAUCAACUUUACGGCUACAGUCUCAUCCACUUUGAAGGCUGUUGAGUUGAUGCGAGUAGAUAAGGGAGGAAAAGGUGGUACAGUUAUCAACAUAUCAUCAGUUGCUGGCAUAAUGCAACUUUCGCCAUCUGUAUUUGUGUAUGGAGCAACUAAGAGUGCCGUUUUACAUUUUAGCACUUGUGUUGGAAAAGAGGCUUAUUAUCGCCACACUAAUGUGCGAGUAAUAACGAUGUGUUUUGGUUUAACUGACACUGAAAUCGUGACAAAUAUGAACAGUUUUGAUGACAUCGUGAACGAAGGAAUUAAACAAUUAGUUGGUCUCCAUCAUCAGCAAAAAAUUUUACAAAGCUCUAAUAUAGCUGCCAGGGGUGUGGUGCAAGCAUAUAAUACAGGCAGCAGUGGAAGCACUUGGCUGGUCGAUAACAGUAAAAUAAUAGAUAUUACAGAGAAUGUAGAUGAUAGUUAUAAAGUUAUGUCAAAGAAAACUGUUUUAUCUGAAAUAUUGUCAUAA